AUGACAUUUGAUUUUGAGUUUUCACAUUUUCCAUCUAUUGCAGCAAUUCCUUCUUCUCGGUCUAGUGUUAUUCAACAUUUGAUUGAUGGUGUUGAUCGAUAUAAUCCUCAAAACGCACCUUUAUUAGAGGAAUAUUUAAUGCAACAAUGUCAGGAUGGAGCUUAUGAUUGUUUAGCAAAUCUUGCUAUAUUAAAAUUAUAUCAAUUUAAUCCUCAUCUUUCAAAGGAUGAAGUUAUUACGAAUAUUCUUGUUAAAGCAUUGACGGUUUUCACACAACCUGAUUUUUCUGUAUGUUUACAUUUAUUACAUCCUUCUGUUCUUCUUCCAAGAGAGGUUUUUAUAGGAGAUUCUUUACAUGAAAUCGUACAGAAGUUACACACACUAUAUCUUCUUUUAGAUGCAGCAAAAUAUAAGGAGUUCUGGCAGUUAAUUGAUAAUGAUGAUCUUUAUGCUGAUAUGAUUGCGGAUUGCAUUGGAUUUGAAGAUACAAUUAGGCUAGGCAUUGCAAAAGUUAUUUCACAAACAAUGAAGGAAGUUAAACUUGAUAUUUUGGAAGAAUGGAUUAAUCUUCAUGAUGAAAAAUUGAAAAUAUGGAUUCAUGAUGUAUUUCAUUGGGAAAUUGUUGGUGAAAUAGUAAAAUUACCGGAAAACAAGGAUAAUAUUCUAUUAAGUAAAGCUACAUCUGAAAAAAUUCCUUUUACAGACUUAUAUCAAUUGUUGAAGUGA